CAAUACAGUUCCAACAUGACGGUUCCCAGAGUUCUGUCAAUUCUCAGCAUUCUGUGCCUUACGUAAGAUGGGGCGCCGUAAUAAAUGUAAACCGCGGAUGAUUCCGCAACAAGAUAAAAGAAUUUGUGGAAGCAUCUGUUUUUGCCAGUUAAUAGUCGUUUUUAGCAGCGUCUCGUUGAUUUAUCUGACAGUCGCCAUCUACAUCCCUUCAUACAGGGCUUUUCAUUCCGGAUACGAGGAGGUGCCAGUAAUGUGUCAAACAGUAAAUACAAGUAUGAUCAACAAUUGUAGCUGGGCGUCGUGCGGGGAAUGGUGUUUGACGAAAACCUCUGGAUUUUGUCCGCAAAUUCAGGUGACAACGAGACGAAAUGGAACUGAGUUGAUUUUGGAAGGGUGUACAAAUUUUAUUUCGGUUUCAUGCCCUGAGGCGAACGUAGGGAAAUUAAAAAAAUAUAAUUGUAAUAACGGCACGGAAUGUAAGACACUCUACGGCGUUUUUAAUUGUUCUUUGGGACACUGCACGAAUAUGUCUCAAGUUUAUCAGUGUCAUUAUAAAGCUGAUGGGUUCGUGGUUGAUUCAGAUAAAGAUAACACUAAAUUAAACGGAUUUUUCGAGUGCAAAGGAGCAAAAUGCACGAAAAUCAAACGUGCGUUUAGUUGCGACAGAUAUUGCGAUACGAUUUACAGCUCUCUCAAAAAUGUUAUUAUAUCCGUUGAUAACACACUUCAUUUAGCUUAUUGUGGAAGUGUUAUAGCCACCACAAUGGCUAAUGGACGAGAAGAAGGAAAAGUUAUUCCUCCAAAAACAAUUUGGAGAGAAACUAAAAAUGAUAUUCUUAUGAUGUCUUGCUUCAAAGCUGUUUAUUAUAAUAAUGGAACCAAUGGAAUAAUUAAUGCAUCUGAUUGCAUUAACGGGACCAUUUACAACGCGAUAGACGUUCCAAAACCGUCAAUGAACUUUACCACGUUCUGGAAUUUACAAAAGAAAUGGCGUGAAUCACUCGACCCCGAGCAAAAUUUUAUACCGAUGCAAUCGCAUCUUACCAUUUACAAUAGUUCACACCUUUAUAUUAACCUCGAUGGUUGCGUCAACACGUUAAAAGGCGAAUGCCGCCAGUUUUUACACACGCACGGUAAAGACGGCAGAAAUCAAACUGCACAAUCCAGAUUCCACUGCUUUCAUAAUAAGAACAGUUCUUUUAUGGUAGUAGCACGAUAUGAUUUGCAAAAAACAUGGAAGGAGCUAGUGAUAGCUAUUAGUAUUCCAACAGUAUUGUUUGCAGUCUCAUUUAUAACGCUAUGCGUGAUCAUGCAGUCUGUCAAGGUAGGUGAUGACACAAAAAUGCGGUGCCAGUACUGUUUGGUGAGUGACAAAUCCGAAUUGAAUCUAAGCAAAUACGAAGUUAGCGAAAGGGAAUCCGAUAGACCAAAUCAUAUGGAAGGAUGAAAACGACUCUGUCUCUAAUCGACUCAAUGUGCAAAAAAAAAUUUAAAAAAUAUACCGUACUCGUGACAUGUAUGUAAAAACGUGUACUAUAUUUUAAAACGUGCCUUUUGUGUGCCUGAAAAUAUGAUUAUAUACAUUAAAUAAUCUAUCCCCGCAUAUUCUGUUAAGACUUUACAUGUUUACAUACGUUGUCUACUUCUCGAAAUUGCAAAUGCGCCUUGGUGUGAACGUUUACAAGAUCGAUGUUGUAUCUGUCAAUCAAUGUAUCGCUUCAAUGUAUUCUAAAUACUCUCGUUUAACUAUAACUUAUUAUUAUACAGGGUCUAAAGAAAUUUUUGUUCACUAUAAAAAUAUAUCAACUUGGCAUCAAGUUACCUCUUAUCAAGUUUUUGAAGUCUCAUAGAUAACAUCGUUUUUGCAAAUAGAUUUAAUAAUAAAUCUUAAGAGAAUCAAUGAAAUCCAAUCAUGUUAAUUUGACAAUCAUGUUAACAGAGAGAAAGAAUAUACGUACAGAUAUGUUUCAAACUCAAAGUAACAAGGAGACGCUUCAAAAACUCACAAUUUUAAAGUUAAUUUCCCCAAUUAAAUAAUUUAAUAAAAGGAUACAACGAUUUCUCCAUUAUUACAAUCUUUUAAGUUACAUACAAAUUUUGUUGAAGAAUUUAACUCCAAUUCUAAAUUGGUAAGUCAAUACGAAUUUUUGUAGAGAACAAGAGUUUCUGAAGACCCUUUAUUAUACGAAAAUCGUUCAACGGCACAAAAUUUAACGAAUUUCAAUGAACAAUGGGGCCCUACGUACAGAACGAACACAAAUGUAAUUUUAUAUGUAUGUCUAUUAUAAAAAAACUCAUAAUAAAUAAAACAAGGUGGUUUACAAAAAACAGU